GCCACGACAGCUGGUGACAUCGGUUCGAAUUUAGGGGAGGUCACAGGAUGAUAGCACCGUGUUCUUGCUUGCUAGCAGUAGCAUUUCGUGAAAGGAUUUGAGAGUCUAUAUAGCCAUGUGUUAGGGGAAUACAGAACAGGUGCAAAUGGAGUUUCUAGCUCUCCUCUGGCUCCUCCUCGCGGGGGCGGCCCUAAUUCGGUACAUAAGGAAUCCACGGCGCGAUGAGAAGGAAAUUGAAGAGCUUGAGGCUGAGGCGGAGGCGCGAGUUGCCGUCUUGAACCGUGAAUUGGAGACUGCCAAGGCCGAGUUUGCAGACGCCCAAGCUACUCUAACCCAGCGGGAUGCCCAUAUCAAGGACCAGGAUAAGCGAAUCCAGGGAUUCGAUGCAAUUCUGGAGGAGCGCGAUGGGCAACUCAGAACGCUUCAGGAGCAACUGCAAGCCAAGGAGUCGCAGCGAGCUCUGUUGGAGCAGUCGCUGCGCCGCACCACGCGGGCGCUGCGGCGCGCGGGCAUCGAGAUCCCGGCCGGCGUCGUGGCCACCGCUGCCGCGCCAGCCACGCCCAUGACCGGUGCUUUCCACGCUAGCACGACCAUGGCAGCUACUCCCUAUACGGUUGGAACUCGCGUCACCGGCUCCCGCGGGCUACUGUCGACGCCGCUUCCGACGCCCCGUUUCCCUGGCUUUGGCGCCGCGCCUGCGUCGGUGGCGGCACUGGCCGCCGUUGCCAAGACGGCGGUUGCACCCAAUGACGGCACGAACAGCUCUUUUGCGUUUGGCUCGCCUACUGGUGACGAGCCCGUCGACAGCGAGGUCACCUCCAUUUCAAGACAUGAGGUGGGACCAGAGAACCAGGCCGAGCCCUUCUUGCCGGAGCUGCUGCAGCAAGCGCGCGGCGAGGCCACCCGGCUGGAGGAGGAGGGCGAGGCGUUGCGCAAGCAGGUCACCACCCUCAGUGAGCAGCUGGAGCUGCGUGACCACGAACUGUCAUCGGUCCAGUUAAAGGUGGAGCAGCUGAAGGCUGACGCUGUUGAUGCCGCGACCAAGACCAGCAGCAUGUGCGCUACCCUGGCUGCGCGCGAUGGCGAACUAGCCACCGCUCGCGCCGCCGCUGCCUCGUCGUCAGCCGCAGCUGCCGCCGCUCAGGCUGAGGCGGAGGAGCAGGGCUCGAAGCUGGCCUCAGUUGAGGCUGAGUGCGCCGCCCUGCGCGCUGACGUCAGCCGCCUGCGUGCUGGUGCGGCGGACCUGCGCAGCCAACUGGCGACCGUGUGCGGUGAGCGGGACGCGGCAGUCGCAGAUCUCAGUGACGCACGUGCGGCAGCCGAGGACGCGCGCGACGAGAUUGGCACGCUUCGAGGCGAUGUUGCAGCCGCUCAGACUGAGCUCAGCGCGCUGAGGGAGGAGGUGGCGGCGCUGCGGGCUGAGCUGGCACAGGCGCAAUCGGAGGUGGCGGCAGCCGGAGAACAGGCGGAGGCACGACAGGCUGAGCUGGUGGUUGCCCAGGACCAAUUGCAGAAACUGGAGGAGGAGUUGGCUGCCACUAAGGCAGCAGCGGUGCGGGACGCGGCCGCUGCAGAGCAGGCCGCCCAGCUGGCAGAGGUGGCGGCGGCGCGUGCCGAGGCGGCCGAGGCGGCGGCCCAGGAGCAGGCUGUUUUGGCAGCCAGUGAGCAGGAGUUGCGCUGCAGCUUGGCCUCCGCAACAACCGAGCUGCAGGAGGCCAAGGCGCGCCUGGCGGAGCUGGGCACCAACCUGCAGGACGCACAGCAAGGCCGCCAGGAGAAGGAGGCGGCGCUGGAGGUGCUGAGCGGCCGUGUGUCGCAGCUGGAGGCCCGCGCCGCAGAGCUAGAGGCGAUGCGUUUGCGUGUGGCCGAGCUGGAGGCGCAGGGCGCUAGCCUGGACGCUUCCCGGUACGCCGUGACAGCCGAGCUGCGCGACCGUGUGGGCGAGCUGGAGGCGGAAACCGAGGCCCUCCGUACGCAAGCUGCAGACGCCGAUGCCACCGCUGCGGCCGUGCGCGCGAGCGUGGAGCAGGCCAGAGCGCGCGAGGUCGAGCUGGAGGGGGAGCUGGCUGCGGCUCGUGGCAAGGCCUCAGAGCUCGAGACCGAGCUCCAAUCUACCCGCAACCAUACGGCAGAGCUCAAGGCGAUGCUCGAGGAGUCUCGCAGCGGAACGGCUCAGGCGAAGGCUGGUGAGCUGGAGACUCCAUCGGCGGCGGCAGAGCAGCAGCUGGCGGACGUGCAACAAGAAGCUGCAGCGGCGCAGGCUAAGGCCUCUGCCGCUUCGGAGCUGGAGCAGGCGGCGGCAACGCAGCAGCUGGCGGCGGCGGUGCAGCAGCUGGCGGCGGCGCAGGAUAAGGUCGCACAGCUCGAGGCCGAGGUUAGUGCUGUGCGUGAGGAGGCAGCCACAGCUGCCGCAGGACAUGCAAAGGCCAAUGAGCACGUCACCCUCCUGCAGCAGCACUUGGAGGCUGCCGAUAGCAGAAUUGCCGAGGCAACUGCAGCCGCAGAUGCCAAGGCAGCGGCGCUGGAGCAGGCGGCAGCGGCGGCCAGCAGCCGAGCUGCCGAGGUGGAGGCCCAGCUCCAUCAGUUGCAGGCCAGCACGUUCGACCUCCAGGCCGCUGCUGCCACUGCCGCUUCCGCCCAGGAGGCUGCGGCAGUGGCAGCCACUGCGCAGCUGUCGGCGCUGCAGGCCGAGGCAGACGAGGCACGUCGGGAGGCGCUCGCAGCGCGCACCGUGGUCAGCUGCGCACGUGCUGAGUUGGCGGCCGCUCAUGCGCAGGCCGACGUGGCGCGCUCUGCCGUGUCCGAGGCGGCGUCAGCGGAGCUCAUCGCAGCACAGCAGGAGCUGAUGCUGGCAAAGGAACAGGCGGCGUCAGUGAAGCAGGAGCUAGAGGAGGUUCGGCAGCAGGCUGAGGAGGCAAAGGCGAAUCUGCAGCAAGCUAGGUCGCAGGCAGAGGCGGCAGAAAAGGCGGCUGCCGCUGCACGUGAUGAGCUGGAGGGUGCGCAGAAGGACGCGGCAGCCGCGCGCGCGGCCGCUGAAACGGCGCGGAAGAAGCUGAUGGCGAAGGGAGCACAGGCGGAGCAGGACCUGGCGGCGGCUAGGGUGCAGGCCGAGGAACUCCAGGCGCACGCAGACGGGCUGGCAGCUAAGUGCAAGGAGGUCGAGGCGGCUGCAGCGCUUGCCGCUGCAGCCGCGCAGACGGAAAAGGCGGCCCUAGAGAAGCGCCUGUCAGAGCUCCAGGAUGAUGUGGAGCAGCGCGUCGAGCAGGCAGUCGAGCAGGCUCAGACCGGCCAAGACCAGCUCGUCGAACAAGUUAUGCAGCUGCAGGAGGAGUUGAAGCGCGCGCGUGGCGAGCUAGCCAGCGCGUCGGCCGAGCGCCAGUCGGAGCGCGUGGCGCAUAUGUACGCUCAGGAUGAGCUGGAGGCCGCCAACCAGCUGUUCAACAUACUGGACAGGGAUCUGCUGUGCCACCAGGUGGGCAUGAGUGGCGCCCUGAAGGCGCUGUGCGGCAACGCCUCGCACACGUUCUCUCAGCUACAAGGCCAGCUGGCGGCUCUGGACGCCGCGGCGGGUGAUCUUGCGGCGCGGCUGGCGCUUGAGGUGGAGCACUCCGCGGCACUGCAGAUCCAGCUGGUCCAAGCCGGCGCCGACAAGGCCGCCCUUGCCGCGCUGUCCUCGCAGCGCGACAGCUUGCAGGCACAGGUGGGCGAGCUGACAACGCGUGUCGGCGAGCUCACUGCGCGCUGCGAUGCUGGCGCGGCAGACCUCCUUGCUGCAGAGGCGGCCGUGGCAACUGCUAUGGCGGAGCGGGACGCACUGGCGGCGCAUGUUGCCGACUUGACCUCCGCGCUGCAGAAGAUUGAGCGGCAGAGACUGAUUGAGACCAAGGAGAUGGCCAGCACUGCGCACGAGGCCAAGGUCUUCGUGGAGACGCUGUCAACAAACGUCUCGCAGGUGGCGGAGUUGCUGUCCAGAUCCCACGCGGCCGAGGCGCAGGCGGAGGCGGCAGAACAGCAGGCGUGUGCCGCACGCUCCGAGCAGCAGCGGCUGCAGGAGCAGGUGAAGGAGCUCCAGGCGCAGCUGUCGGCCGCGGCGAGGGCCCCCGCUGCCGAGCUCGCGGCGGCCCAAGCAGCUGCAGCCGCGGCCCAGGCCGAGGCUGCCCGGCUCCAGCAGGAGGACGUGCAGCGGCUGCAGCAGUUGGCCAAGCUAGAGAAAGUGCUGGCGGCUGCGGAGGAGGACCAGGACCAGCGUGAGGCCGCGCGGGACGAGGCUGAGGCCGCCGCCGAGGCGCUCCGUGCCGAGCUGGUCGCCGUGCGUGCACAGCUGGAAACCGCCGUGGCGGCGGCAGCCGCCGUUGAGGCCGAAAGCGAGUCGCAUGUGGCAAGGCUCGCGGAGCUGCAGGCCAAGCUGGUGGCGAGCGAGGCGGCCGCGUUGAAGGCAGCGGAGCAGUGCGAGCAGGCCCGUGCUGAGGCAGAGGGGCUGCGCGCAAGUGCUGCGGCGGCCGAGGAGCGCGGCAUGCAGACAGCGACUGAGCUGACGGCGCUGAAGGCGCAGCUCAUUGAUUUUCAGACGACACUGGACGACGUGGAGGAGGAGCAGCAGCAGCGCGCCGCGGAAGCGAACGCGUUAUUCCGGCGGCUUGCGGAGGCGGAGCUGACGGCUGACGUGCACCAGGCCGCAGCGGAGGCGGCUGGUAAGCAACUGGCGGGGCUGCAGGCGCAGCUGGACGCAGCGCUGGAGGCGGCGGAGGCCGCCGCAGCGGGGGCGGAGGCUGAGCACCGGCGGCGCAUAGGUGAGCUUGAGGCCAUGGUGGCGGAGGCGGUAGCGGCCGCCGCGGCGGCGGACCAGCGGCGGGCUGUGGCGGAAUCCGAGGCGGAGGCACGUGUUGGCGGCGAGCUGGUAUCGCUGCGGGAGCAGCUGGCGGCGCUGCAGAAGGCGCGCACCGUCGCCGAGGCGGGCCUGGAUGAGAGGAUCAAGGCUGCGGAGAGCAAGCGGCAGGCCGCGGAGGCGGCGCUGGCCGCGGCACGCGAGGCAGAGGCUGCCCGUGUGGCGGAGCUGGCUGCGCGGCUAGACUCUGCUGAGGAGCGCGGCCGCGCGGCGGCGAGUGAGAUGGCUGCCCUGCUACGGGCUCUGGACGUGCAGGCGGGAGCGCUUCGGGUGGGUAGCAUCAGUUCUAGUGCAAGCGGUAGCGCGGCUGCGUCACCUGGGGCGGCUUCGCGCGGGGCUGCGUCACGUGCGGUGUCGCGCGCUGGGUCGGUGGGGUCUGGCUGCAGCCCAAGUGCUGCCAUGGGUGGGGCGGAGGGAGGCCGGGUUGCUGUUGGCACGAUAGCGGACAGCGGGGGCAUGUGCCUGCCAGGGCUCGAGGCGGAGUGUAGUGCGCACCUGCGUGGUGGGCCAUCGUGGGGUAGUGAGGGCGUGGAGCUCGAGGAGGACCACCCGCAGGGCCCGGCUGCCUGGCUGGCUGCUGCAGCUGCCGACCCUGACACAGUGGCGGCGCUGUUCAGCCGCGCCCUAGCGGCGGUGGUGGCAGCCGGCAGCCCGCCGCAGGCGCCGUCACGCGGCCGCGAUGCCGAUGCUGAGACGCCCAGCCGGACCGGCAAGGCCCGAGUCGUGGCUGCUCCCGCAGCGCCAGCUGCUGGCGACGGCGCUGGUGAUCAGCGGUUGGUGAUAGGGGAUGCGGUUGCGGUGCGGGAUAGGGCCCUUGGCCAUGGCGGUGUCAAUGCGUCACCAGACACGGACGCGCGCUGUCGGCUGGUGCUGUCUCCGGCGGCCAAGACGCCGAGCGCAGCGCAGCACCGUGGCCGGGACCGCGGCCGCGCAACUGUCGCGCCACUCGAGAUGCCGGCAUCGGGUGUGCAGUCUGAGCUGUGAUGGGAACUUGCACAAUUUCUGCGUGUGUGCGGGACUGAAACAUACCUUGUCGUCGCGCGCAUUUGCUGAGCCUCACGGCAUUACCCACGGUAUUGUUCACCUGAGUUUGUACAUCUUUUUGCAUGGCUGAACGGAUGGGUGUGUGCUUCAUUGUGUAUGAAUGUACCGCACCGAAGUGCAUACUGUGCAGCUUGAUAGAUUAGCACAAAUCUUUUGCUGGGGAGUAUGGGCAGGCGGCCCAAUGGCAGGCAGACGUUGGCGCGCAUACGCGUUGCGACUAUGGUGUUGUAACGCGCAUGCGCG